AGCACACCCGUCGCUCUCCCGCUCGGCCCUGUCGUCCCCCACACAGCGACGAUGGCCGUCCUGCUCCGGAGCGCGCCGGCGGUGCUGCUGAGUCUGACGCUGCUGCUGACCGCAGCGGCCGGCUACCCCGACGUGCAGUCCCGCCCGCUGGUCGCCACGCGAGAGGGCAUCGUCAGGGGCGUGGCGCGGCGCAGCGCCGCCGGCGGCCUCUUCUUCGGCUUCAAGGGGAUCCCGUACGCGCGCGCGCCGCUCGGGCCACUCCGCUUUCAGCCGCCGCAACGCCACCCGGGCUGGGCGGACGUGCUGGACGGCCUCAAGCACGGCCGCACGUGUCUGCAGUACAACGCCUUUAAGAACAACAGUCUGGAGGGCGACGAGGACUGCUUGUUCGCCAACGUGUACACGCCGCAGCUGCCGGCGCUGGAGAGAGCCGUUGGAGGUUUGCCAGUCAUGGUCUUCAUCCACGGCGGUGGCUUCACGAUGGGCAGCGGAGACGAGGAGGUAUACGGACCGAACUAUUUCAUGGACGAGACUGUGGUGCUGGUGACCUUCAACUACCGACUGGGACCGCUCGGCUUCUUCACGGCACACGAUAAGAGCGCUCCCGGCAACUACGGUCUGCUGGACCAGGUGAUGCUGCUGCAGUGGGUCCGGGACAAUAUCGCCAGAUUCGGCGGAGACCCCGCUGCGGUGACCGUUUUCGGCGAGUCAGCGGGAGGGGCCAGUGUCUCGCUUUUGGUGCUGAGCCCCCUGGCGAAAGGCCUGUUUCACCACGCCAUCAGCCAGUCAGGUACGGCAUUGGCAAUCUUUGCGGCAGGUGGAAAGGCGAAGGAUUUCACUCAGAAGUUUGCAGAGCAGCUCAGUUGCUCUGUCGACGAUGUUUCCAUAAUGGUGGAGUGCAUAAGGAAUGCCCCCUCCGAGGAUCUCAUGGAGGCUAAAAAGAAAUUAGGCCUGCAAGAAAUCCUUUUUCAUCCACGGGUGGACAACGAAUCGGAAUCGCCGCUGCUGCCAAAGGAUCCGCGUGAUCUCAUCAAGAAUGGGGAAUUCAACCUGGUUCCAUGGAUGAACGGCAUUGCGGAAGAGGAAGGAGCACUGUUUGCUCCGUUUUUUCUCCAAAACAAAUCAGUGGCGGAAGGUGUGUUUUCAGGAAAUCCCAUCACAUGGGGCAUCCUAACUGGCUUGAUUAGCGAGUCCGGGGCCAUUCCACUGGACUGUGGAUCGGACUCAAACGUGGAGAUCGCCAAAGUGAUUGACUUCUACAUCGGCAAUGACACACUCAGCCAUACCAACCCUCUGCCGUUCGUUCAAGCUGUAGGAGACCGACUGUUUGUUGCUCCCAUGUCGGAGGAGGUGCGCCUCGCGUCACUCCACGCGCCGGUCUACAAAUAUGUGCUGGAUUACAGAGGACCUGGUCGCCUCUCCGCUGCCGAGCUGCUUGGAAUUGAUGCACCGUACAUGGGUCCCUCGCACGGUGAUGACUUGGUGUACCUGUUCAGCAACGCAAAGCAGGCAGCGUACCCGGCCGACUCGCCGACCUACACCAUGAUCCGCUUCAUGGUGAGCCUGUGGACGAGCUUCGCCCGCACCGGUCGGCCCAGCUCAACCGUCCUGCCGACGCCCGACUGGCCUGCCUUCACCGAGCAGAGCCAGCGCCACAUGCGGCUCAAUGCGGAACCCUCAGUCGGGGAGCGGCUGUUCGAGGAGCGCGUGCGCAUCUGGCAGGGAGUCCGUAUGAACGAGGCCUGGCGGCACGAGGUGCAGACCAGCUGCCUGCCGGCCGGGGCUGAGUACGGAGCACGCAGGCGGCGCUCGGCCCCUUGAGCCUUUGAGGGUUCAGUGGCUGGUGUACGACGCUGAGAGCCGAGCCGGGCUGCCGGCAGGUGUUUCAGAGCCUCUUCCAGUCGCGAGCGCUGACGUGACGGAGACCGGGAGCCCGGCACGCGCUGGUUUUGCCGCAAUCUUUUAAGUGGGAUGCGUGUGAUUGCUUAGAAAGUACGUCUGCCACAUAUAUGUGGAGCACACGUCGAACUGUCGAUUGUGACACCACUGGAACAAUGACUCGAAAUAAAAGCUAUGAAUGGGUACGUUAGCAUCUUACCUCGAUUAGUUAUUCUUAACGUAGAUCGAUCGCUGGCCCUGCCACAG